UCGUUCUUGCGUGGGUUCCUCUCGUUGCUAUUGGUAACCGGUGUGUGAGCCUACGUCAUCACCCGUUUUCUAUUGAAAACAAUGCGGGACUUCAUUUUCUCAUACCCUGAACGACCGAUUGCCUUACAAGAACGAAAUCGUGCAGAAUGGAGAGGUUAUCACUGUUUUGGAAAAUAGUGAUUCUUUUAGUCGUGGUGAUUGGUUUUACUCUCGUCAGCCCACAGCGUAUUCCACCAUCACGGUCAAAUGUAGAUACAUCCAAUCUUCUAGAUAUCAAGCCGCACGAGCUGCAGAAGUUUGUCGCGGGUGGUUCGGGGCUUAAACUCCUUUAUUUCUACACGAAUGAACAGCCUACAAAUCCAGAGUUUGUUGAGGAACUCAAUAAAGCCGCUGCUCAUCUCCACACUCAAAAGUAUGGGGUCAAGGUCGCCAAGGUAGACUGCCGAGAGCAUGGCUUGUCUUUCUGCAAAGAAAAAUCAAUACAGAGCAAUGUGUUUGCACUCAG